AUGAAAUUCUUCGAUGUCGCCGUCACAUUCACUGCAGACCAAUUCCAAGGCACCUACCGAGGAAAGCAAUAUCACGAACCAGAUUUUGCAGAAGUCCUGAAAAGAGCCCGAGAACAUGGAUGUGAAAGGACCAUGCUCACCACCAUGACUCUAGAGGGCGCAAAACAAAAUUUGCAGGCAGUGAGGGAGUUCCCCGCGAUGUGCAAAAUGACCUUAGGCGUGCAUCCGUACCAUGCCGCCGAGAUCUAUGAACAGCCAGAGUCCCAAUAUCUGAAUGAGCUGCGCGAACUAGGUGAAACGCUCCUAGCUGAGAGUCCCUCGCCUUUAGCUGCGUUUGGGGAAAUCGGAUUGGACUACGAGUACCUGGAUCGGGCCGAUAAGGAAACGCAGCAACGCGCAUUCCGCGACCAAUUAGAGCUGGCCGUGCAAUUCCAGUUACCGCUGUUCUUGCACGUUCGUGAGUCAGCAGAUGACUUUAUUUCCAUCAUCAAGCCUUUUCUGCCAAGACUGUCGCGUGGUGGAUUGGUGCAUUCUUUUGCAGGGACGAAGGGGGAGAUGCUCCAGCUCGUGGAACUGGGUCUUGACAUUAGUGUCAACGGUAUCUCAUUCCGGACAGAUGAACAGUUGGAAAUGGUCAGAAAUAUUCCAUUGGACAAGUUGCAACUGGAGACUGAUGCGCCAUGGUGCGAGGUCUUGUCUAAUGACCCCAAAAUCGCGGGUUAUCUGGAAACUGCGAAGCCGUUGCCGGCGAGUCGGAAACAUAACAAGUUUGUACUGGGGCAGAUGGUCAAGACACGGAAUGAAAGUUGUACUAUAGAGCGUGUCGGGUUGGUUGUGGCCGGUUUGAAGGGUGUCGCUAUGGAAGAAGUGGCUGAGGCCGCUUGGAAUAAUAGUAGUCGCAUGUUUUGGUUGUGA